CAGGGUGGGGACAGCGCAGCGAGGGGGGCUGGCUGCCACCUGCCUCCCCUCGGGCUCCCGGCUGGAGCAGCAUCCCCGCGGAGCGCUCUGAGCUCCGUUAUCCCUCCGUGGGACGGUGAGCUCCGGCCCGGGGGGCGGCACAGGAAAGGAGGCCCCUCGGGAAGCAGCUUGUUGCUUCCUCACGCUGGGUUGUGAUCCAGGCCAGCGUUCCCAGCUCCCGGCGUCACACCCUCUCCCAGCUGUUGCUCGCCGAGCAUCGCGCUGCCAAGAAAACCUUGGUGAUGGAUGCAACUCCCUCCCCUCUCCCUUAAAACCGGCGGGGAGCGGCACCGUGCCUGUGUCUGUCCCGGCACGCCGGGAUCCGCCUGGGAAUGGGAUCCCGCUGGCACUCAGGGCACCCCGAGCUCGUCCUGCCCGGCGCGGAGCAGCGGGACAGCGUUGGCACCGCACGAGCUCAUGCCUUAGGCCGGUGUGGAGGGAGCUGCCGUUGUGCCCUGGGACACUGAACUGUCACCUGUCCCCAUCCCGACAGAGAGGAGAGAGCAGGGGAAGAUCCCUGGCCGCAGAUCCCAGCAUCCCAGCUCCCCGGGAUCACACGGAUCAACUGCCGUUCCCAGGGACGAUGGCGCUUCCCAACCUCUCCGAUUACCUGGACGGCCUCAAUAACAACUACAGCGACUACCCCGACUACACCUACGAGGACAGCGGCAGCGUGUGGGCAGACCCGGCCCACGACCCCAAGGACAUCACCAGGAUCCUGUCUGUCAUCAUCUACAGCGUGUCCUGCGUGCUGGGCAUCCUGGGCAACGGCCUCGUUAUCGCCAUCAUCACCCUGAAGAUGAAGAAGUCGGUCAACGCGGUCUGGUUUCUCAACCUGGCCGUGGCCGACUUCCUCUUCAACAUCUUCCUGCCCAUCAACAUCGCCUACACGGCCAUGAGCUACCACUGGAUCUUCGGCACGGUCAUGUGCAAGCUGAACUCCUUCCUCCUCAUCCUCAACAUGUACACCAGCGUCCUGCUGCUCACCACCAUCAGCUUCGACCGCUACGUAUCCGUGGUGUUCCCGGUGUGGUCGCAGAACCACCGCUCCACCAACCUGGCCUACGGGGUUUGUGUGAUCAUCUGGACCGUGGGCAUCGUCAUGAGCUGCCCCUCGCUCGUCUUCCGGGACACGGCGCAGACCCGAAACUCCGUGAUUUGUUUCAGCAACUUCUCCCUCUCCAGGAAUAAAUCCUACGAAGGGCUGGCUCUGAUGAGGCACCGCACCGUGAACAUCACCAGGUUCCUGGCCGGGUACAUCCUCCCCAUCACCAUCAUCACCUUCUGCUACGUCGCCAUCGUCUUCAACCUGCGCCGCAACCGCCUGGCAAAGUCCAAGAAGCCCUUCAAGAUCAUUGUCACCAUCAUUGUCACCUUCUUCCUCUGUUGGAGUCCCUACCACCUGCUGAACCUGCUGGAGACGGUGCCCGACACGGUGCCCUGGUCUGUGUUUGAGAUCUUCAUCCCGCUCACCACGGCUCUGGCAGCCUCCAACAGCUGCAUGAACCCCGUCCUCUACGUCUUCAUGGGCCAGGACUUCAAGAAGUUCAAGGUGACCCUCCUUUCCAGGCUGGUGAACGCCCUCAGCGAGGAGACGGGACACUCCAGCAUCGUGCACAGGAGCUUCUCCAAGGUCUCCUCCAUGACUGAGAAGGAGACAACAGUUGUCUAAACCCAGCCUGCAGGAGGGACAGAAUCCCCUGGUGUUGGCACUGUGAUGGUGGCCAGCCCUGGUGUGGUCAAGCAUUGUCCAGCACUGUCCUACAGCCCAUUUUUGACUGGUGUUGCUGCCUGGGGGCUGGCAGGGGAUGGAGACCCCCAAGGUAUGGAGAAGACACCACCACCCUUGAUCUUGGGUGGGAUUGCAAAAAUCCUUGUGCCAAACUAAGAACAUAUUUUUGGGCAUUGGCUGACCCAGGAAGGGCUUUCCUGGAGUUUCCAGAGACACCGUGGUGGGGUGCAGGAUAUCAGGAAGGCAUCUCCUGUGCCAUGGCCGAAUUGGUGACACUCCUCUGUCCCAUGUCUGUGUGUGGCUCCUCAUGGUAAAUUCCUGAGGUAUUUUGGUACCAGAACAAGGUGUUUGUGACUUUUUUUGGGAAGUGUCCUUAGGAGGGGUUGGAAUAUCCCACCUCAGAGAACUGGGAAGUCUCAAAUGUCUUCUAAGUAAUCCAGACCCAGGGCCACCUUGUCCCCACCAGUGUGGGGACUGGGCUCACACACAGGGUUGCCAGCAUGGAAAACUGGGAGAAGAAAGAGGGAAAGGUCAAUUUGAAAUGUCUUUUUAGCCCUUCUUUUGAUGGGCACAUUCCACAUGGUACAUCCUGCAGAAUAAUUGGAUGUCUGGGGCUAGGAACAGGCCCAUGAGAUUCUGGGGAGGACCUGCUGUCCCCUCUUGCAUCCAAGGGAGCCUGGCUCUGUUGAUUCUACAGGAUGAUUUUGUCUCUCCUGUCUUGGGACACUCUGGGAAUCUCCAGGGAGACUCUGGGGCAAUGUGUGGCAACACAUUGACCUCUGCAGUGAAGGAGGGGCCAAGCCACCACCUCCAUCCAAUUUCAUACCCAGUUAAUUUUGGACCUCCUUCUCCAUUAGGGCUCCUUCCCCAUGACCCUGGUGUCACCCUCAUUUAUGUGUCACUCCCUGGAGCUGGCUUUGGCCAGCCCUCAGUGGCCCUAGGGACAUUUCAAGUGGUCCUUUGGGGAGCUUUCUGCAAGUUUUGGCCAUUGAGAAUCUGCUCCCAGGUGCCCACAGAAGCUGAAAUAUUUAUUUAUAGCUUUCCUUGGAAAUCAGAAAAUGGAAAAUAAAAUGGAGAGACAUUUCCCAGGAAAAGGCAGGGAGCUAUUUCCAGGCAGAAGAUCUUGCCAGCUGCAGGUACAAGUAAAGCCCUGAUAACUGAGCUGCAGGAACAUCGUGGAUCAGAGCGGGUGCUGCGGCAGGAACAGGAUUUCAGGAUUUCGGGAUUUCAGAACUUUGGGAUUUCGGGAUUUCAGGAUUUCAGAAGGAUUACCCGGCGUCCACCCCAGCACUGCCUUGCUGCUCCACCUCGAUCUGCAUCACCUCCUCCAUGUGAUGGGACACUCAGCACCUGGAUUGUCACCGUGUCUCCUGGGGUUGGAAUCCACCCACUUCCCUAGGGAACGCUGCCACACAUCCCUGCACCUCACCACGUCCCAUGGCCAAGACCAGGGCUACUCCCAGCCCUGAUCCACAGAGAUUUUUUCCCCCAAAACCCAUGCUGGAUCCAUACCCAUGGAAGAUGCAGCGCCUGAGGAGGCUGCAGGGCCUCUCUGGUGGUGGGAGGAGGCUCCUCUUGCUCAUUUUCCCCAGUAUUUAAUUAGUAUUGCUGGAAGGUUGCCAGGAUCCUGUUAGGAGUGGGAUAGGACAGAUGGGAUGGACCGGACAGAUGGACACACAGGGACACACAGAACUUGCAGAGGAUCUGUUUAGGGAGCAGUGGGAAUGGGAUGUACCCAGAGCCAGCAGCCCCUGGGGCUUUUUGGGCUCAGAGUUUGGAGAAGGCUUGGAUGUGGGAAUGAAGCCUCAAGGACUGGAUGCCAUCCCACGGCCCCUCAGGUUGUUGCUGGGAUGUUCAUAAUGGAUUCAGGAUGCUCCUCACUAAUUCUGGUGUCUGUUUUUUCCAAGCCCAUCUGUUAUUACUCCAAACAGCUUUCCAAAAAAAAAAAGCAAAAAAGCAAAAAAGCAGUGCUUUGGUACUUACCCUGGGGUUAAACCAUCCCUGUAAUGGCAGCUUGGCAAUCCCGAGUUUCCCAAAUAUUUGGGUGCAUCUUUGUAGCUGUUUGCUUAUUUAAUAAAACCUCUGUUUUCCAGACAAAUACCUCAAAGUGUGGAGCGGGAAGGAUACCAGGGAUUUUCACUGAGCAGUCCCUUCCCUGUGUGUAUUCCUGAGCCCUGGUGUCCAAUUUGGAAUUGUGGAAAGAGCUCAGGAGCAGAGGGAUGGGGCUUGGAUGAUCCAAGUGCUCCAGACACCAGCGCUGCUGCUCUGUCCUCUCUAGUUCCUGAUUCUCCUCAUCCUGCCAGGGUUUGGGAUGAGGAUGGGGAAGGGAAAAAUCCACUGAGUUUUUCCUGCUGGACCCUGUUAGCUUUGAAUUAAGCUCCCCAAGGAAUAUCAGUGAUUUCUGUUCCCGUCACCCGCUGAGACAGGCAGCAAACAGCUCACCCAGGCAGCAUUUAAAAAGCACAUUUUUAUAUGCCUAUAAAAUAGAAACAGGGGAAAAAAAAAACAUUCCUCAGAAAAAUUCAGCCUCCUCAGCCAGGUUUUUCUUCCCUUUUUGGCAGAGUGGCAGAGAAAUGCAGCUCAGUGUUGCCCCAAUUGCUGUGAUAUUCCCGAAAUACUGCAGGAGCUGCAGCUCGGGAAUCUCCCAGGGUGCUGAGGAUGGAUCCUGUCAGCAUUCCUUGUUUUUUUGCAGUGCUGGAUAUUUUGUUCGUGGAGGGAAGGGGGCUGCACUCCCCCAGAGUGUUGGGAAGCUCCAAUAUGUUAAAUCAAGGAUCCUUGGAUGCAUCCAGGUGACCCCAAUCCCACCCCUGUCCUGCUCAGCUGGAGACAUCCUUGGCUGUUAAUUAACAAAGUCCUCUUGAUUAACGGCAGCAGGAGGUUAAUGACCAUGGGCAGCUCCAGGGGAACGUGCACAAACUGGAAUUAACAUCCAGGGAAAUGACUGGGUGGGAGCUGCAGCUCCAAAGCUGGUGGUGCCGGGAUCUGCUGCCCCUUUUGGGGCAGAAAUUGGUGAAAUUGGGAUGCAGCUGGGUUCAGCACCCCAGAGCCAAGGGGUGAGUGGGAUGCAGAGGCACCACCAUCCCCAUCAAACCUGGAAUUAGGGCAGUUGUGGGGAUUUUAGGGUCAAUCAAGGCUUGUGGCAAAGAACAGCAGGUUUUGGAGCUGGAGCACAAACCCCCCACCCCAGAACCCCCAUUCCCAGCCUUGGAGCACCAACACCUGCUGCUUCCCUGGAUUUAUCCCCCACCCAAACCCAAGGCUGGGUCUCAUUCCCUGGGAGAAAUUACUCUGGAAUACAGCAAAUCCUGCUCCUGUGGAAUGUGUUACCAUCCUCAAUGACAGCUCUUUUUCACUUGGCUGUCACAGCCCUAAAAUAAAGCCGUGUUCUCCCUGUCCCAUAAAUCACUGCCUUUAUUCUGAAUUGGAAUGAAAUUUAAAAUUAAGGGAAAAAAAAAAAAAAAAGGACUAAAAUGUGUUCCCCUCUCCCUUUGCUCAGAGCCAGGUUUAAAUUAUCCCUGCUGUGUUCAGGCACGUUGUCAGCUGUAAAUUUUAGGGGAAAUACCCAAGCUGAUACAUAAACCUGUUGGUUUUGUCAGGGAUGGAGAUGGCUGCUCUCAGAUUUAUGGCCCAUCUCCCCAUUCUGGGGUUUUUAUGGAAGUUCUGCUGCUGGGGGUUGGGGGAAUUUCCCUUUAUUUUUAAACACAGCUUCAUGGGAUUUAAUUUGGGAAGAAGGGGAACUCCUUCUCUCUGAGCCCCCCAGCAUUGUUUGCAUCACUGGGGGCAUUGCCCAGAAUUCCCUGAAUCCUCCCCAAAGGAGCAUCCACUCCCUUUGCCAGGAAGGAAUCCUAGACCCGAGCCACACCUGGCAUCACCUGCGGCAUCACAGCGUCCAGGGAGCAAAAAACGCACCCGGAAUUGGGGGAAAUGCGGGAGUUUUUGGUGCAGACGCCGUUGCCUCGGCAACAGCUGAGAAACCCCUGCAGCCCUGGAGGGAGGAACGCUGCAGCAGGACCGGGAGGCAGGAAAACGCUCCCGGGGAUGCGAAAUUGCCAAAAAUAGAUUAUUUUUCCUGCAGGAAUCCAGGGAGGAGGAGGAAGGGGGGUCACGGUCCCUCCAGCCCCACAGCAGGGCAGGGCAGGGCGGGCUGUGCCCAGCCAGGGAUGCUCAGGCUGAGUCAAGCCGAAAGAUUCCCAGCUUUUCAAAUCCUCAUGGAAAGAAAGGCUGAGUGCUGCCUCCCCCAGGCAGCCGGGCGGGAUGUUAAAUGUCAGGAGCUUUCCCCAGGAAAAUGAUGAGGGAAGGGUGGUUGGCUCCUUUUUCCAGGGGGAAUAGGAAUUUCGUCCUUACGUGCCAGUUCCACGUGGUUAAAAUACAGCCCAGCGUUUAAUAAAUAAAUAAAAAAUCAGAGUGUGUGCUCUGGGAGGGAGGAAGCUGCUUCUGCAUCAGUGGGAUGUGGGGAAGGGGGAUCCCAGAAUCCAGAGGUGCAGCCAGAUGUGCAGCACGCCCUGACAUGGUCAUAAUAUCUUCCAGCUGCUCCCUUUCGGUGCAAUUUAAAUUUAGGAAAAAAAAAAAAAACUAA